AUGGUCCCGGGCAGGCAGCCGGACCCCGCGGGCGCCCUGCCCCGACCCCCGGCCCCUCCGGGACCCGCCCCGAGCCGCCCCCCGCCGCCGCUCCUGCUCCUCCUGCUGCUGCCGCCCCUGCUGCUGCCCCCGCUGCGGCCCCCCGCGGCCCAGGCCAUCGUGCCCAGAGUCAGCCUAAGCUUCGGGUCCACGGAGCGGACGGUCAACUGGUUCCAAGCCCCCGGGGUCUCCAACUAUACGGCCCUGCUGCUGAGCCAGGAUGGGGAGACGCUGUUUGUGGGGGCCCGGGAGGCCCUGUUCGCCCUCAGCCAGAGUGGCAGCUUCCGGCCGGGGGGGCCGCACCGCCAGCUGGUGUGGGGCGCGGACCCCGAGAAGAAACGGCAGUGCGCCUUCAAAGGGAAAGAUCCCCAGCGUGAUUGCCACAACUACAUCAAGAUCCUCCUGCCUCUCAACAGCAGCCACCUGUACACCUGCGGCACAGCCGCCUUCAGCCCCGCCUGCGCCUACGUGAACCUGCAGAACUUCAGCCUGGAGCAGGACGGAAAGGGGCAAGUGUUGCUGGAGGACGGGAAAGGACGUUGCCCCUUUGAUCCCGAGUACAAAUCCACAGCCCUCAUGGUCGACGGCGAACUUUACGCCGGAACAGUCAGUAACUUCCAGGGCAACGAGCCAACCAUCUCCCGGAGCCAGGGGUCCCGUUUGGCCCUCAAGACCGAGAACUCCCUCAAUUGGCUACAAGACCCGGCCUUCGUGGGCUCGGCCUACAUCCCCGAGAGCCUGGGCCCCGCCCAGGGCGACGACGACAAGGUCUACUUCUUCUUCAGCGAGACGGGCAAGGAGUUCGACUUCUUCGAGAACACCAUCGUGGCCCGCGUCGCUCGGGUCUGCAAGGGUGACCUGGGCGGCGAGCGUGUGCUGCAGCGGCGCUGGACGUCCUUCCUGAAGGCCCAGCUGCUCUGCUCGCGGCCGGACGACGGCUUCCCCUUCAACGUGCUGCAGGACGUCUUUGUGCUCAGCCCCGGGCCGCAGGACUGGCGUCACACCCUCUUCUACGGCGUCUUCACCAGCCAGUGGUGACGGGGGGGCUCGGCCGUGUGCGUGUUCGGCAUGCAGGACGUGCAGCGCGCCUUCAGCGGCCUGUACAAGGAGGUGAACCGAGAGACCCAGCAGUGGUACACCGUGGUCAACCCCGUCCCGACCCCCCGGCCUGGAGCCUGCAUCACGGACAGCGCCCGGGACAAGAAAAUCAACUCUUCGCUGCAGCUGCCCGACCGGGUCCUUCACUUCCUCAAGGAUCACUUCCUCAUGGACGCGCCGGUGCGCAGCACCCCGCUCCUGCUGCAGGGCCGGGCCCGCUACCAGCGCCUCGCCGUCCACCGGCUCCGUGGCCCGCGCCACGCCUACGACGUCAUCUUCCUGGGCACCGAUGACGGUCGGCUGCACAAGGCCGUGAGCGUGCGGCAGAAGGCGCACAUCAUCGAGGAGAUUCGGCUCUUCCCCGCCGGGCACCCGGUGCAGAGCCUGCUUCUGGACCCCCACAGGGGCCUGCUGUACGCCGCCUCGUACUCGGCCGUAGCCCAGGUGCCCCUGGCCAACUGCAGCCUGUACCGGAGCUGCGGCCAGUGCGUCCUGUCCCGGGACCCUUACUGCGCCUGGACCGGCUCCGGCUGCCAGGACGUCACCACCUUCCGGCCCGACCAGGACCACCGGCCCUGGAUCCAGGACAUCGAAGGCGCGGACACCAAACGCCUCUGCGGAAGCUCCACCCCCAGCCCCAGGGCCUACGCCCCGGCCGGUGAGGCCCCGUGCCAGCAGAUCCUGCUCCGGCCCAACACGGUCAACACCCUGCCCUGCCCGCUGCUCUCCAACCUGGCCUCCCGGCACUGGCUCCGCAACGGGGCCCCUGUCAACGCCUCGGCCUCCUCCCGCGUGCUGCCCAGCGGAGACCUGCUCCUGGUGGGCGGCCUCGAGGGGCGGGGUACCUUCGAGUGCUGGUCCCUGGAGGAGGGCUUCCGACAGCUGGCGGCCAGCUACUGCGUGGGGGCGGAGGGGCCCGGGGAGAGGGAGGAAGAGGAGGAAGCCGAGGAAGAGAAGGAGACCUUGGCGGCGGCGGCGGCGGCGGCGGUGGAGGUGGCGGCCGUCAUCCCGGACGUGAUCAGCACCUCGCGGGUCAGCUCACCGGUCGGCGGCCAGGCGGGCCGGCUCCCCGACAAGACGUACUGGAACGAGUUCCUGGUGAUGUGCGUGCUCUUCGUCUCGGCCAUCAUGCUCCUGUCCCUCUUCUUGCUCUACCGGCACCGUGACGGCAUGAAGGUCUUCCUCAAGCAGGGCGAGUGUGCCAGCGUGCACCCCCGGCCCCGGCCCCCGCUCCCGCCCGAGGCCCGGCCCCUCAACGGCGGGGGCCCACCCAGCUCCCCACCCGGCGACCUCCGGGGCUACCAGGCCCUGGCCGACAGCGCCCCGCCGCCCCGGGCCUUCGCCGCGUCUGAGAAGCGGCCCCUCGGCGUCCAGGACAGCUUCGUGGAGGUGUCGCCCGCCUGCCCGCGGCCCCGGGUGCGGCUGGGCUCGGAGAUCCGGGACUCGGUGGUCUGAGCGCCGCCCCCGCCCGGAGCCGGGUUCCCACGACGGCGAAGGCCGCCCGCCCCCGUCAGAGGCCGGACCGAGGCCCGCCCCGCGGCCCCAGAAGGCAGGACGGGCCCCCGCCCGGAGGAGCCGCCGCCCACAGACAGCUGUGACCGGGGGAUCCCCCUCAUCCGGCCAAGCGUCGGCACUGCAAAGACAGGGGUCCCUCAAACGGAGCCUGGGCCCUCUCCAGCCUCUUUCUAAAAAACUGAUUUGAGAAUGUGAAUCGAGAUAGGAGCUCCUCCGCCCCCAGCCCCUCAUUCUCCAGGGGCAGACCAAGGGGCCAGACCAGCGUGGCAGGGAGGUGGGGACGACAACACGUCGGGGCCCCCUGCGACCCCCCCGGUCUGAGGGCAAAAGAGCCCCCCGGCCUGGAAGCCCCACCGGAGGGGACGGGCCAGGGCCUGGGCCCACCCCCACCUUCUCCGGUCUCUCCUUCCUUCCCCUGCUGCCUCCUGAGACGGCGGGUCCUGUGCCCCCAGUCCCCGGGGACCCUCAAAACCGAGCAAGUGACUGAUAGCAUCUGACUGCCUGGAUGGAACUCUUUUGGGUUCUCCACAUCCACUAACUCUCCAAGGCUCCCCCCGCCCCCCCCCGCCCCGGACAACCCCC